AAACUUGGAGCUUAAGAUUACACAUCAAUUCUUCUUUGUCUUCCUCGUGAUCAUCGAGGAAGCUUGAUCUCUUCUAUGGAAUGGAGAUUUUGAUUCUCCUCCUUAGGAUCUGUCUUCUUUCGUCACUUUUAGUCGUUGGUUCUUCCUCUGGAUUGAAUUUGUUAUCUCCGUUAUCAUCACCACCGUCUCCAUUACCGGAAACUUCAAAAGGGUUUGGUCAAGCACCGAGUCAUUCACCUGAAUCUCACAAAUCCGACAUUGUGCCACCGUCUAAAGCUUCUCAACCGUCUCUUCCUCCUUUAGCUGACGUGGCAGCUCCGCCGCCGUCAGAUUCCGUCGGGGGUAAAGCACCGGCCGGUGAGCCUAUUGUCUUGGUUCCUAAUGCUCCAGCUCCAGCUACAGUACCCGUGAAGGAUUUGCCCGUAACUUCGCCUCCGGUUCAACCCAUUACACCGGUUGCUUCACCACCUCAAUUCGUUCCAGGAGAUGCACCAAAGGAGCCUCCUUUCUCAGGAAGAGUUACUCCGGGCCCGGUUUCAUCACCUGUUUUGGAUAUUCCUCCAAUUCCAUCAGUGGUUCUGCCUCCGCCUACACCAAGCAGUGUACCUCCUAGAAAUGCUUCUAACAAUCACAAGCCUCCUAUCGAAAAUCCUAUUGCUCCUGUUGCAUCUCCACCAACAAUAUCAAUUGACAUUUCACCGCCAGUCCAUCCCGUCAUACCAAAGUUAACACCCUCUAGCUCACCUGCACCCACCUCUACCCCAACUAAGGGAUCUCCGAGAAGAAAUCCGCCAACUACGCACCCAGUAUUCCCCAUAGAAUCUCCUGCCGUCUCACCAGAUCCUGCUGCAAAUCCUGUAAAACAUCCACCACCAAGUGAUAAUGGAGAUGAUAACAAAAGUCCGGGUGCUGCACCUUCAAAUGAAACUGCUAAACCCUUACCUAUCUUCCCCCAUAAAGCUUCUCCUCCUUCGAUAGCUCCCUCAGCCCCAAAAUUCAACAGACACUCUCAUCAUAUAUCCCCAUCUACUACUCCACCGCCAGAUUCUACUCCGAGUAAUGUACACCGCCAUCCUUCAUCAUCAUCUCCUCCUCUAUUUUCACACCAUCAACAUCAUCAAGAACGAAAGAAAAUCACAAUUAGUCCAGCUCCUUCGUCACCACCACCGCACCUCAUAUCUCCAAAGAAGUCAAACCGUAAAGGUUUAAUGACUCCUCCUCCAUCAUCAUAUCAUGCUCCUUCUCCUCCCAUUCCUGCUUCUUUGAUUUCUCCUGCUCACACUCCAAUCCCUUCCACUAUGCAACGCAUCUCCCCGGCUCCAUCACCUUUUCCAACCCAAGUGUUUCCUCUCAGGUCCUCUUCAAGACCUUCAAAAUCUCGGAAAUUCCCACUCGGUCCACCGCUUCAAGCAUUUCCCCCUCCUCCCCCUAAUUCAGAUUGUACUUCAACUAUUUGCUUGGAACCGUACACAAACACACCUCCAGGAUCUCCAUGUGGCUGUGUCUGGCCAAUUCAGGUUGAGCUACGGCUUAGCAUGGCGCUCUACGACUUCUUCCCAAUGGUUUCAGAAUUUGCUCGAGAAAUCAGCGCCGGGGUUUUCAUGAAACAGAGCCAAGUCCGUAUAAUGGGAGCUAACGCGGCUAGCGAACAACCUGACAAAUCCAUUGUUCUUAUCGAUUUAGUCCCGCUUGGAGAUAAAUUCGAUAACUUGACCGCAAUGGUGACUUACCAGAGAUUCUGGAGUAAAAAAGUCUAUAUAGAUGAACCAAUCUUUGGUGGAUACGAUGUGAUUUACGUGCGUUAUCCUGGUUUGCCGGCUUCCCCGCCAACUUCCGGUAUGACCAUUAUAGAUCAAGGCCCAUACUCUGGUACUAAUAACGGAAGGGCGAUCAAACCACUCGGAGUUGAUGUUCCAAAGAAGCCGCACAAGAAAGACCUCAAUGCUGGAAGUAUUGCUGUGAUUGUUUUAUCGGCAGCUGCUUUUAUCGGGUUAUGUUUCAUUAUUGUUUGGGUCUUGGUUUUCCGGCGACAAAGAGAUCGACGGCGUCUUUCUAAAAGAGCACCACUUGCUCGCCCUUCACUGCCUUCCCUCUCGAAACCAUCAGGCUCGGCGAGAUCUUUAACUGGAAGCCGGUUUAGCUCAACUUCGUUGUCAUUUGAAUCCAGCAUUGCUCCGUUUACUCUCUCUGCAAAGACAUUCACCGCAAGCGAAAUAAUGAAAGCUACUAAUAACUUUGAUGAAUCGAGGGUUCUUGGUGAAGGUGGAUUUGGACGAGUUUAUGAAGGUGUUUUCGAUGACGGAACUAAAGUAGCAGUUAAGGUAUUGAAGAGAGAUGACCAGCAGGGUAGCCGAGAGUUCUUGGCCGAAGUAGAAAUGCUUAGUCGUCUUCAUCACAGAAACCUCGUGAAUUUAAUUGGUAUUUGUAUCGAAGAUCGUAACCGUUCCCUGGUUUAUGAACUCAUACCAAAUGGCAGCGUUGAAUCUCACCUCCACGGGAUUGAUAAAGCAUCUUCGCCUUUAGAUUGGGAUGCUCGGUUGAAGAUAGCUCUGGGUGCCGCCCGUGUCUCUGACUUUGGAUUGGCUCGUAACGCCCUUGAUGAUGAAGAUAACAGACAUAUAUCGACGCGCGUUAUGGGAACUUUUGGGUAUGUGGCGCCGGAAUAUGCAAUGACGGGGCAUCUUUUGGUGAAGAGUGAUGUGUAUAGCUACGGAGUUGUGCUUCUCGAGCUACUUACAGGGCGGAAACCAGUGGAUAUGUCUCAACCACCUGGACAAGAGAACUUAGUUUCAUGGACUCGGUCUUUUCUUACGAGCACAGAAGGGCUUGCAGCUAUUAUAGAUCAGUCUUUAGGACCCGAGAUCUCAUUCGAUAGCAUAGCUAAAGUCGCGGCGAUAGCUUCGAUGUGCGUUCAACCGGAAGUAUCACACCGUCCUUUCAUGGGAGAAGUAGUGCAAGCUUUGAAACUUGUCAGCAACGAAUGCGAUGAAGCUAAAGAACUCAACUCUGUAACUUCAAUCACUCAAGACGAUUUUAGAGAUGACACUCGAGCUGAGAGCUCUUGUGGUGAAGGCUCAGCGAGGAUGGCUCGGUAUCCAUUGCUACCGAAUUACGACUCUGAGCCUGACACAGAGAGAGGACUAUCUACAUUGGAAAUGUACUCGGGGUCAGGGAGGUUCGAGAGACAGUCUAACUCGGGUCCCUUGACCUCAGGUCGAGGCAAGAGGUUCUGGCAAAAGAUGAGGAGAUUAUCAACCGGAAGCUUGAGCGAGCAUGGAACACCAACGGUGAUGCUACGAUCCGGUUCUCAUUGAACAUUGGAGUCUUUAAUAGCCCGUUUAAGUUAAAAGACAGGAAAGGAAAGUAGGUGCCUUGUCCUACAAGCAACUCUUUGCCUCAUGGAAACCGGUUAAGAGAAAACCGGGAGAGAUCAUCAUUCCCGGUUCAACAAUUAGUUGAAUAGAUCUUUGUAUCUUAG